AUGUCAGGUGGUCGCAGCUGCGCGAGGGUAUACCCUGGUGCCAACGAAAAGUUUGGUCGACCCUGGUGGGACUACGACAAUCUUGCAGUGCAAUGGGGAACACAGGACAACUACGAGAUCCUCCGAAAAGUAGGACGAGGCAAGUACUCGGAGGUGUUUGAAGGCGUGAACAUUGCAUCUGCGUCAGGCGUGCCGGAAAAGUGCAUCAUCAAGGUGCUCAAGCCGGUCAAGAAGAAGAAGAUCAAACGAGAGAUCAAGAUCCUCCAAAAUCUGGCGGGCGGUCCCAACGUUGUCGGCCUCUUGGAUGUGGUGCGUGACCCGCAAUCCAAGACACCGUCGAUCAUCACCGAAUACAUCAACAACACUGACUUCAAGGUACUCUACCCCAAGUUCACCGACUUUGACGUGCGCUUCUAUAUCUUUGAGCUGCUCAAGGCGCUCGACUUUUGCCACUCGCGUGGUAUCAUGCACCGCGACGUCAAGCCACACAAUGUGAUGAUCGACCACGAGAAGCGCAAGUUGCGACUGAUCGACUGGGGUCUUGCCGAGUUCUACCAUCCAUACACCGAGUACAACGUUCGUGUAGCGUCGCGUUACUUCAAGGGACCUGAACUGCUGGUCGACUUCCAAGAGUACGACUAUUCGCUCGAUAUGUGGAGUUUGGGAUGCAUGUUUGCCAGCAUGAUCUUCCGCAAGGAGCCUUUCUUCCACGGUCAUGACAACUACGACCAGCUGGUCAAGAUCUGCAAGGUGCUUGGAACGGAUGAGCUGUAUGCCUACCUGGAAAAGUACGACAUCGAUCUGGACCCACAGUACGACGAUAUCCUGGGACGAUACCAGCGCAAGCCGUGGAGCCGUUUCAUCACGUCCGAGAACCAGCGAUACAUUUCGAACGAUGCCAUCGACUUUUUGGACAAGCUGCUGCGCUACGAUCACCAGGAGCGCCUCACGGCAAAAGAGGCGCAAGACCACCCGUACUUUGAGCCCGUCAAGGCGGCCGCUGCUCGUGGCGAGGUGGUUGCUAGUUGA